GCUGGAAAUUGACAUCCAGCUAUAUAUUUAUUUAUUUAUUAUCCUGAGUCCACGUCUUCUUUCUUCCUCACAAAAUUUUCCAAUUCCCUAAUUCCACUUGGCUCAAUCAAGGGGCUCAACUUUCGCUGAUCGUUGUUUGGUUUCCGAGAAUCAACAAUGACUCGUGGUAACCAGAGAGAUCGAGAUCGAGAAAGGGCUCAAGCCAGAUCAGGCAACAAAGGCAAGAACACUAAGGACGAUGGGUUAACACCUGAACAACGCCGUGAAAGAGACGCAAAGGCCUUGCAGGAAAAGGCGGCAAAGAAGGCGGCGCAGAAGGAGGCUGGAGGGAACAAUGUCGGCGGUGGUGGUGGAAGUAAAAACAAGAAAUAAUCAUGUAAUGAUGGUGAGAUGAUUUAGGGUGGAGGGUAAAGAUAGUGUUAUAAUAUGUUGAUUGGGGAAUCAGAUCUUUUGUUUUGGCUUUUAUAGUCUUUGCCUGUGUCGUUUUAAGGUUAACAAACUCUUGGGGUGUUUGUUUAAUUGACAUUGAUGUUGACUCUUAGAUGCUCUAUCUGAUUUGGACUGGAUUGAUUUCCUAUGUAACAUUCUACAAUCUAUGCCUUUGACUUUUUUAAACUGUAAUUGUCGAUUCCUCAUUGAUAAAACCCCUUUGGUUUUUGAUUAUCUUGUCAGUUUGACUGUUGUCCCUUUUAUUGCCAUAGUGCUGAUGUGAAUUUCUAAUGGUAGGCAUUGAGGCUGGGUUUUAUGUUACAGUUGUUUGUGUGUUACUAUAAACUAGUGUUCUUAUGGUGAAAUGAUGAAUAAAUGCUUUGUAAUUUCUGCUGGAUUAUGGUUCGUAAACUGUUUUUAUGACAGUGAACUGAUUAAUGUUGUUUUGGAGAGUAAAAGCUUCUGUAUUUAAUACCAUUUAACUUGCGUGCUGGUUCACGUAAGUAAAACGUAUCUCCUUGCACUUUAUUUUGAAGUUUGACUCUGCUUUCUCAAGCUGUUUUUAUGAUGGCUACCAUGUUAAGUAUCACCUUGUUCAAGAUUAAGUUGAGUUUGAGCCUUGGUCAUAAACUGCAAGAUUGAUGAGAAAUAAAUAUCUGUAUCACAAGUUUGUGUUUUUCAAGCAUCUAAUGCCCUUGGUUUUCAUUAUCUGAUUCUUCCCUCAAAUACUAUUUCCUACUUUAGCUGUAUGAUUCUGUCAUUGCUCUUCUUGCAUUUGUUGUUACUAUUGUAUAAACCUGUAAUCCCUGACAAACGCCAUCCAUGUUUUGAUAAACUUGAGCAGCUAUUGGGUAAUGAAGAUGAAUCCCUGACAAACGCCUUCCAAGUCUUGAUAAACUUGAGCAGCUACUGGGUAAUGAAGAUGACUAUCUUAGCAUAUGCAUUUGCAAGUGGUCAUCUGAGCUUU